UGCAUACGACUGUGGUGUGUGGAAAUGGCCGACGGACCUGUGUUUCCUCCUGUGCUGACGGCUGAGCGUGACUCGCUGGUUGAUGAGCUGCUGCAGGUGGCGGCCGAGGUGGGGAGCAGCACGGUGUGCGACGCCAAGGUGGCGGCGGCGCUGGACAAGGCCGACGGCCUGUCACGCUUUGCCGACGCCUUUGCCUUUCCCACGCUGCAUCUCGAGGGCGAGAAUGCGUGCGAGGACGGACGUCAGGCAGUGUAUCUGUGCGGCAACUCGCUCGGUCUCAUGCCGCACAAGGCGCGCGAGUACGUCAACGAGGAGCUCGAGGCAUGGGCCAAGUCGGGCGUCCGCGGGCACCACGAGGGCAAGCGGGCGUGGCUGUGGAUCAACGAGCGGGUCACCGACGGUGCGGCGCGGCUGGUCGGUGCUAAGCCGAUCGAGGUCGAGGUCAUGAACUCGCUGACGAUGAACCUCCACGUCAUGAUGGCACCAUUCUACCGGCCGACCGCGACCCGGUACAAGAUCAUGUACGAGGCCAAGGCCUUCCCGUCCGACUCGUAUGCGUUUGCUUCGCAGGUGCGCAUGGCCGGCUUUGAUCCGGCCGACGCGCUCAUUGCUGUCGCGCCGCGCGACGGCGAGUACACGCUACGGACCGAGGACAUCGAGGCCGCCAUCGCCGAGGCCGGCGACUCGCUCGCGCUCGUCUGCUUCUCGGGCAUCCAGUACUACACCGGCCAGCUGUUUGACAUGCCGGCCAUCACCAGGGCCGGACACGCUGUCGGUGCCAAGGUCGGCUUUGACCUCGCGCACGCAGUCGGCAACGUCGAGCUGCGGCUGCACGACUGGGGCGUCGACUUUGCGGCGUGGUGCCACUACAAGUACUGCAACUCGGGCCCGGGCGCCAUUGCCGGAGCGUUUAUCCAUGAAAAGUACGCGCACGACGCCGAGCUUCACCGCAUGGCCGGCUGGUGGGGUCACAACAAGGCCGAGCGGUUCCUCAUGGAGCCCGAGUUUGUGCCUGAUCCAGGCGCCGCCGGCUUCCAGGUCUCCAACCCGCCGGUCCUGCAGACGGUUGCCGUUGAAGCAUCACUUGAGAUCUUUGACGAGGCAACGCUGCCGGCUCUCCGUGCCAAGGCUCUCCGGCUCACCAUGUUCCUCGAGCUGGCGCUCGAGUCGGCGCUCGGCUCGGACCAUGUUGUCUCCAUCACGCCGGCGGACCGAACGCCCGCGGCUGCCAGCUCUCGCUCCAGUUCACCAAGCCGGUCGAGGCCGUCCAUGCCGCACUCGAGGCCGCCGGCGUCUAUUGCGACGUCCGUAAGCCCGACGUCAUGCGCAUCGCCCCGGUCCCGCUCUACAACUCGUUUAGCGACGUCUUGCGGUUUGUCGAGCUCCUGGCGGCGGCUGUCAAGUCGGAGGCGGAUGUGUGAGCGCGUUUACUAAACAGGUCCGGAC